AUGAAUCUCCCGAGACCGUUGGCUACUAAGGAGCACAGAAUUGCUGAUUCGCCGAAAUGUGUGGCCGCUAGUUACGGUACGCUGGACGAAGCAAGCGAUGUGGCAAGAACCGCGAGAAGUAGCACAUCAAGCGACAUUCUUGAUCCUAAAGGCGUAAUUCGUUCGGCUCCACGUCGUCUUAUUGUGAUGCGUCAUGGCGAAAGAAUCGACGAUCUCUUCCCUGACUGGAUAGAGAAAUCUUCUACGAGUGGAUCGUAUAGAGCAUAUGAUUUGAAUAUGGAAUUGAUACAACUGCAGCCAUCCAGAGAUUUGAUUUUUCAGCCUUUGGUACUACCAGAACUAGAUCGACCGAUGUCAGAAUACGCUGCCGAUACAGUGCUCACUGAAAUGGGUUCGGUACUGGCACAAAUGGUAUUGAACCGUAUUUAUUCAGAUGUUGUGUAUGCAUCACCCGCUUUACGUUGUAUACAAACGGCGUCAUUUGCGAUGAAGGCAGCCGGAUGUGACGAUCAAGUGAAAAUUCGUAUAGAACCAGCACUGUUCGAAUAUGAGAGCUUAUAUCCUGGUGGACAGCCGAAAUUCGCAACUGCAGAACAACUCAAAAAAGCAGAUUUUAAUAUUGAUCAAGACUAUAAGCCAAUUAUGCCUCUCGAAAAGCUUUGGAGUGAACCAGAAAAUGUGGAACAAUAUGGUGAUCGCUUGCAGCAGACUUUGUUGCAAAUUGCCGAUCGCGUUGAACGAAGCACUAAUCCGUUUGGACCGAUUGUUAUGGUAAGGCAUCAUCAAUUUCUCGAUAUUUCUUGCAAAGUGGUUGGACAUGCGUCUACAAUUGAUUUAGCGAUCGGUGUAUUUCGUGAAAAGAUUCGUCGUGCAGUGCCUGCCGAACUGCUCAACAACGGUUUACACUAUCCAUUCUGUGCNACUUCCGUCUUCGAUCGAAUUCCACCCUCUAUGCAGUGGAAAUAUUCCGAAAACGCUCUACCACCAAUCACCUAUCGCAAUUUCACUUCGAGAAUCAACUCAAAAUUCGCCUUCAGAACGCCUGUCGAAUAA